AGGCAGUUCAAGAAUGCGUUUCUGAAUUCAUCAGUUUCAUAACCGCUGAAGCAGCUGAAAAAUGUCACGAUGAGAAGAGAAAAACAAUUGGAGGGGAGGAUGUGCUGUACGCAAUGAUGUUGUUGGGUCUCGAACAGUACGUCGAGCCGUUGAAGAUCUACCUUGCAAAGAUGAGGAUGCCUACGAAUGCCACUGCCAACGGGACCGACGUAGACCUCCAAAUCGAGGAAGAGCAGAAAGAAGCAGGCUAUUCAUGA